AAGGGCGCAGGCCGGGAUUGGUGGAAGAGUAGAGAUUGCUGGAAGACAAUGGAAGUCUAGUAGCGGAAGUCCCGCCCAGCCUAGGCCGAACUUCCGGCUCUCACUGCUAGGGGCUUAAGCGGAGGGAGUCGAGCCAGCGUCGCCGCGAUGGUGCUGUUGGAGAGCGAGCAGUUCCUGACGGAGCUGACCAGACUUUUCCAGAAGUGCCGGACGUCGGGCAGCGUCUAUAUCACCUUGAAGAAGUAUGACGGUCGAACCAAACCCAUUCCAAAGAAAGGUACUGUGGAGGGCUUUGAGCCCGCAGACAACAAGUGUCUGUUAAGAGCUACCGAUGGGAAGAAGAAGAUCAGCACUGUGGUGAGCUCCAAGGAAGUGAAUAAGUUUCAGAUGGCUUAUUCAAACCUCCUUAGAGCUAACAUGGAUGGGCUGAAGAAGAGAGACAAAAAGAACAAAACUAAGAAGACCAAAGCAGCAGCAGCAGCAGCAGCACCUGCCGCAGCAGCAACAGCAGCAACAACAGCAGCAACAACAGCAGCAACAGCAGCACAGUAAAGGGCAUACAUUUCCUGCUUUCACCAAUUAACCACUGAAUUGCUGUUUUUUCCUUUUGGCCAGAUAGCUAGGUUUCUGGUUCCCCCACAGUAGGUGUUUUCACAUAAGAUUAGGGUCCUUUUGGAAAGAAUAGUUGCAGUGUUUAUAGGAUAGUUGUGGUAAGAAUCUAGUUUAUUUUGCAUUUGGCUAAUUGGUCUGUGCUGCAUGGUUAUAUACUCCUGGAUUAUAGAUUAAAAGUCUCUGUAGACAUCUCUGUGAAGAGCAAGCUAUCAUUAAACAUGUCUGUUUAUCA